CCAUGAAAGUUAAAGGAACUUAAUGGAUGGUCAGGAUUGAUUGCUUGAAACUAAGAAAUAAACAUUAGGGGCUCAAAGGAUUCCAAGAUUCCCCACCCACUAGGGCAAACUUUUUGGUAAUGUACCUUAAAGGAAGGUUUGCUAUUUUGGUAGCUAGAUCUGCAUCAUUUUUCAUAUUUUCAGGCGUUACAGUAACAAAACAUGGAAGCUCUCCUCUCCCAAUUCACCUUGCUCUCCAACCAAGCUUGCCAAGACAAAAACUUCGAUCCCUCCUCCAUUGAUAACCUUAUGAAACUCUUUGAGACAGAAGCAUACAACUCAUGGGCAGCAAUGGAACUUGAACAAGAAAUGGAAGUCAAACAAGCUGAAGUGGCUAUGCAACAAGCUGAGGAUUAUCUUGAUACAGUCAUGGAAGAUGCCAUAGAUGAAUUUAGGAGGUUUGAAGUGGAAAUGGAACGCAUGGCAAGGAAUGAACUGGAAAGUUUAGAAAAGACUGCUGAGAGUGCUAGAAACAUGGGAAAUCUAAUGGAGAAAGCUGCAACUGUUGCUUCUACGAAGUACAUGGAGGCUGCACUUAAUUCUGCUUCUGCUUCCAUGAAUACAGCUUGGAAGGAUAGCCACACACAAAGGACUCUCUAA